AUGGGUGGACUGGGUGUCGCGCUAGUCGUGGAUGUAGUCGACGACGGAUCAGUCGUUAUAGAGACUAUUGUAGUGCCGAAUGACGACGUGGAGGAUGACUCCGUGCUGGUGGUCGACGACGAUGAACUGCUGCUAGCCAACGUGCUCGAACCACUAGAGGUCGGCGUGAUGCUAGUGGAUGAUGACGUACUACUAGUAGUAGAACUUGAGUUGCUGGAUGUCGGAGCUGAGCUGGUUGACGACUCCGUGCUGCUAAUUGAGGUUGUUGCGAUGCUGCUGGACGAGCCCGUUGGACUGCUGGUGACUGAAACGCUUGAACUGCUAAUAGAAGUGAACGAUGAACUACUGCUAGAGCUCCCGGAAGAAGUACUACUGCUCAAGAAGCUCAAAGUGUCGGAUGAGCUCAAAGAAGAGCUGCUGGAAAGGCUCUCCGAUGACGUAGUGGAUGAUAAGGAGCUUGUUGAAGUGGCAGUUAGUGAAGCACUGGAAGAGCUAAGCGUGCUACUUGUGAUAGGAUUCUCGUCUGAAGUAGUCGAUGAGCCGCUUGAUGCCGUGGAUGAGACACUCGAAGUAGUAGACGGUUCGGUUGAAGUACUAGAUGAGCUACUCGAAGACGUAGUUGAAUGUGUGGUAGAUGUAUCGCUUGUCAUUACUGAUGAUGAUGAUGUGCCCGAACUACUCGAGGAACUGCUGAAUGAGCUGCUUGAUGUGGUGGACGGUCCUCCGUCGCUUUUAGAACUAGACGAGCUACCCGAACUGGUAGGUGAUGUAGCUGGCGCUGUCGAGGAAGUACUGGAAAGGCUGGAAGAGCUAGAAAUAGUUGGCGUGCUCGAGGAGCUGUCAGACUCAGUCGACGAUGUUGAAGAACUUUCAGUGCUGGACGAGGAUCUAGCCGAGCCUGAUGAAGAACUACCCAUGCUCGUGGAUGACAAUGUGCUUGAGAUUGUGCUGCCAGUGACACUGCUGGACACUGAAGAAGAUGUAUGA